GCCUGCUUUUUUAUUUCUCAUUUACCAUUAGACAGAGUGAACUAAGAAAAUGAAUCUUCUGUUGCCAGUCUUGCUGCUCUGCGCUGGGGCCUUGGGGGCCACAUCUUCAGGGAAGAGUUCAUAUUCUCAGCUUUCUGAUCUCCAAAAGAAAGCUGUCAACCACAGCAUUUUACAAUUUAGUUUGAAGAACUAUCACCGAAAAUAUCAAUUUUUUAGCUUCAUACAAGAGGAGAAAAGAGAGAUUGGCUUUGGAUAUAUAUUUACCAGACUAAGGUUCACUUUAAAGGCAACAACUUGCACCAUGGAUAAAAAAGAUGAAAAAGAAUGCACAUUUUUUAAAGGAGCGCGUGAAGCGGACUGUGUUGCUUGCUUUCUUGCUCCAGGGGACCAGUUUGAUACGCAACGUUCAUAUAUUAGUUGCGAACUAAAGAAAUUUGUUACACAGGAGGACGAAAGCAUCAAAUACCAUAAACUGAACUUCUUUUUGAGACAAGUUAUUUGUGAGGGCAAUAAUGUUUGUAGGUUCAAUAGCAACAGACCGCUGAUCGACUGUGUAAUGUGUUUUAUUAGUAACGGUGACAAUGUCAAAGAUGGUGCUUCUUUUUCCCACUGUAUAAUAAGACCUGCAUUUCUUCAGAAACAAAAUAAAAUUCGCAGUGAAAGAGGAAAAGGAUGUUCAGGAGUUAUAACAGAACAUGGUCACAGAACUGGUGGGGAAACACUGUUGGCCUUAAAAAAGUUGUGAUGGCUGUUUCUGAAAAAAAAAGAAGCGUCUCCUUCAAAAACUGCCUACGGAUACAAACUUUCUUGAGUGAAAGACUUUGUUUUUCUCUAUAAAGCAAUCAUGAAAAAUUUAGAAUGAUAAAUGUGGUUAAGAAUAUGAAAUAACUGGUAAUAAUGCUUUUCAUUUGGAUCUUUUGAAGUAUCAUCUGGACUUGUUCUUGAAGACAUGGAUGUUCUUCAUGUUCUUGAAUAAAUGCUAUGCUGGCAAACUUA